CAAGCUGUCCGUUAUUUCCCGUUCAUCAUGCCGUCUCGCCGGAAGCUCUCGUCGCCGUCGCCGUCUCUCCAGCCUGAGAAGGACAAUCGCCAUGUGUCUCCGCCGAUUGCUGGCGGAGCCUCCGCCGCUUUCUCUGCCUUCUUCCUCUUCUUCUCUAUCUGUUUCCGCAAACUCACUAGCAAAAGGACCGUCCCAUCUGAUUCCAAACUUCCGCAUCGAUUCUCAUAUUCCGUCCUCCGUCGCGCCACAUCAAACUUCUUGGCAGCCAACCGCCUUGGUCGCGGCGGAUUCGGAUCCGUCUACCGAGGAACUAUCGGAAAUCCUUGUCAGGAAAUCGCUGUCAAGGUUAUGGACGUCGGUUCUCUCCAAGGCGAGCGUGAAUUCCAGAACGAACUCAUCUUAGCAGGUAAAAUUGAUUCGAUUUACAUUGUCUCAAUCAUCGGCUUUUCCACCGAUAAGAAACGACGACGUAUGCUUCUCGUUUACGAGUUCAUGUGCAACGGCAGUUUGCAGGAUUGCUUACUCCAUCGCAAGUCCGCGGAAUUGAAGGAAUGGAAGAAGCGAUUCUCCAUCGCACUUGAUAUAGCCAAAGGACUCGAAUAUCUUCACCACCAUUGUCAGCCACCUGUGAUUCACGGCGAUAUUAAGCCGAGUAAUAUACUCUUGGAUGGAAGUUUCAACGCUAAGAUCGGCGAUUUCGGCUUGGCUAGAUUGAGAUCGGAGAUAUCAAUAAUCGAAGGAAUUGAUGCGGAGAAAAACAUCGGUGGAGGCGGAGCAGAUGACAACGAGUCUAUAAUGGAAGAGACAGAGAGUAAGACGUCGGAGAUGUUACCGGAGGAAGAAGAAGAAGAAGGUGUAGUAAACGCUGUAUUAUCGGAAGGCAACAUUAAUAAGAGCGGAAGCCCAAAGAAGAGUCUAUCAGGAAAGGAUUGGUGGUGGAAGCAAGAGAAGAACGAAUCAGAGGUUGUGAAGGACUAUGUGAUAGAAUGGAUUGGAAGUGAGAAACCAAAGAGUGAAUGGGUUAGGGCUUCAUCUAGUUCGACUCCAAUAGGGAAAUCAGAGAGAAAAAGAGGAAAGAAGAGAUUAGAUUGGUGGGUAACAAUGGAUGACGACAAGAAUAUGGAAAAAGAGAAGAGAAGACCAGCUAGGGAAUGGUGGAGGGAGGAAUACCGUGAAGAACUCGAAAGAAAGAUGAAGAAAAAGAUUAAGAAUAAGAAGCAAGAAUCAGAAUCGACAAGUUAUGAUCAUGUAAGUGAAGAUGGUGAUGUAAAUAACACCGAUAGAAAGAAGAGGAGAAAUCAUGAUUCUUUAAGUUGUGGGAUUAGUAGCACGCCAAGUAUGAGAGGAACUGUUUGUUAUACUGCACCUGAAUAUGGUGGUGAAGGUUGUGAUUUAUCCGAUAAGUGUGAUGUCUACAGUUUCGGUGUUCUUUUGCUAGUUUUGAUUGCUGGAAGAAGACCGCUGCAGGUGACUAGUUCACCAAUGUCGGAAUUUGAACGAUUCAAUCUUGUAUCGUGGGCGCGUCAUCUUGCCCGUGUGGGAAAGCUUCUGGAUUUGGUGGAUCAGUCUAUUAUUAUUGAAUCUUUGAAUAUAAAAGAAGCUAUACUAUGCAUAAAAGUUGCAUUAGUUUGCAUUCAGAAAUCCCCUGCUCAACGACCUAGUAUGAAGGAAGUAGUUGGAAUGUUUUCGGGUGAACUAGAAUCGCCCCAGCUUCCACUUGAGUCGUUCUCGCGGUUUCCUCACAAUAAGAACAGGUCACAAAGGAAGCUGGUUGUGCGGUAAUCUUUCUUUCUUGUAACUUGUAAGUGCCCAAUUUUCAGUCACAUAUGCAGGCAGCUCUGUUCAUUAUUGUUGGUCUUCUUUCUUAUUGAUUCUUUAAGCACAAAAGUUUAUACAAUAAAAUGAAGUUCACAUU